AUGGCGUACUCGGGUCUCCCCAGGCAGAGAAGCGCACGACGUCGGGCAGAGACCUCUGAGCGGAAGUCGCACCUCUACUGCGCGAGGCGACGGGAGCGGCACCUUGCCAAUGGACCGACGCUGCCCCAAUAUGCACCGAAUACAAACAUCUCCGCCGCCUCACUACGAGGCAAGUGGAAUCGAUUCUGCCUAGAGGCUGCACUCGAUCCUGAUGAGCUGCUCAGAAACCUCACCGCUGCGGAUGUCAAGGCCUGGUUUGACUGGAUCAAAGACAAUUUCAGGGACAUGGAUCCUGACAUGCGCCGGGACUGUCUUAACUACAAGAAUCAGGUCAGCAAGGAGAUGGGCUUGCGGAAGCUUCCAUUACCGAAACCUACCGCAGAUUCUAUCGAUCUCCUGGAGUUUCAGGUCACACACCUUGUCCAUUGUGAUUCGGUGUUUGCGGAUGAGAAGCAGCGACUCUAUCCGCUGGUUGGUCUUAAUCUAUCAAGCAUCUCAGCCUGUCGGGCAGUCUCGCUAUUCGACACGAGACAUCUAGUAAACCCUCGACCUGACGGCACGUUUGGAAUGCCAGGGGAAGAGAUAGUGACCGAGGAGGAGCACGAUCUAAGUUCAGCCGACAGCUUGAGCGAUGGAUUUUCAAGCGAUUCAGGCUACGACACAGGCAUCAGUAGUGGCCUAGGUGAGAUGGAAGAAUUAACAUCUGAAAUGGACGACGACGAAUUUGACCUGGAUCACGAGGAUAACGAUGGCUACACUUCGGACGGUUCCACCGUGACGGAUGAUGGCUAUCUUGCUGGUAAUGAGGAAACUGGAACUAUCCUGUGGAGACAUGUUGAGUUCUACAUUAUUCGCAAUCCGGUACAUGGGUGUCGUAAUCUGCUGGCUGCCAUUGUGACACUGCUUCACACCAAAGGAGAAGAUCGAAAGCCGCGAAUAGGUUUGCUAUUGAGCACGAGGACAACCUUCGACCUACUCUCGCAGCUCUUGGCACUGGGAAUAGAUGACGAUAUAUUUGUGGCUACGAUCAGGGAUGUGGCGGACAUUUAUACAGUGCCACUCCCCCGUCAUCGAAGAGGCAUCCUCCUGAAGAUCAAGCGAGACAUGUUGGACCUCCCCAUAUUUCGCGAGCCCGAACGCACUGACGAGGGCUACCGCACGUCUGUUCUGCUGGCACUUAGAGCGAGAGCUUGGGCACGCUAUAUCAAAAAGAUCGGGAGGAAAACGGGCCAGGAGGAGAACCUAACCCAGAAAGAGGUCCGGCGUGGCGCUAUUAACGCAAUCAAUAAUCGGGCCCCGGCCUCGGUUCGUGAUCAGGUUGCUGAGCAUGAGUCUAACGCGGUCAAAUACUAUCUGAAUGAAAAGGUUGAUUUUGACACGGCGGCUGCUUUUCACAGACGAGCGUCCAACGAGGUGGUGCAGAGGGAAAUGCGGACAGCCACGCUGGUGGCAGUCCGACGGCUGCGUGCACGAUGCCAGCAGCUGACUUUAAUGAUCCAUCAACUUGGAUUUACCGUCAAGGAGGCUCAACAUGAUGAACUCGGGUUGAGUCUGGACGAGGAAGAAGACACCGAGGCCAAAGAGCUUUGCGAAGAAGCCUUAGAGAUCGGUCGGCAAAAGAAAGAAGCAGAUGCUAUGUUAAAUCAGACUCUCACUAAGCUCCGCGAAUCAGCCCUGGGGAAGAACAGGAAACGACAUUUCCGGAAUACCGACACGGAAAUUUUUAACCGGCAAUAUGAAGCUCAGCUUUGCGAUGAGGAAGUGAACAACGGAACAUACAGCCAAAUCGCUACUUCAUCCCAGAACGAGAAGAGAUAG